AUGGAUAGACAAGAUAACAUUGUAAUUUCAAAUCAAGAACCACCAAAACGGAAAAAAUGUCAUGGUAAUCGAAGAAAUCAACGUUUUCGAAGAAAAUGCCGUGCUGAAAAAAUGAAACCAGCGAAAAUAGAAAAAUUAAUCAAGAAAAGAAAUCGUUCUUAUGAGAAAAAUAAAAUACCCAAGACUAAUAUAGAAUCAACAAAAUUAAAAAGUGAUUUAGCACCAGUAGGAAAAAAUUAUCAAUCACAACCAAUAGUUAAAACGGCAACAUGUUUUAAUAAACGUAAACGAGAUAUUUCAUCACAACAACUGUCAUCAACAAUUAUGAAUCAAACAAUACCAAAAACAACGAGUUCAAUAUCUAUUGUAGAAUCAUCAUCAAAAAAAAUGAAGAAUAUAUCAGAAACAACGAUUAACAAUACAAUCAUUCAUGGAGAUAAUAAUGAUCUGAAUAAACAUAUAAAUUAUCGACAACCAAUGUAUUUAGCACGAUCAUUAUCUAUACUCUGUCAAAUAUUAAAUAAAACUUUAAAUUAUUCAUUGAAGAAAAAAGAUGAAAAAGAAUUUAUCUUUCAACGACUUCAACUAUUAGAUCAACACUAUUGUUUAGAAAUGGAUCGACAACUAUGGCAAUCCUAUUCAGAUAUUGGUAUACAACAAAAUUUAUGGCCCGAUCAAUUAUAUACUAUGACAAAGACAAAUGACUUCGAUUUAUGUAAACAAUAUGUAACGAAUUUUAUACAAAAUAAUAAAAAGCAAUUGAAUCACUGUCAAUUUGAAUUAACAAAACAAGAACAACAAUUUCAAACAUGUUCGAUUAAAGAAUUAUCAUUUGAACAUAUGGAACAACGACUUAAAGAAUUAGUGAAUCGUGAACGGAAAUAUUUAUCAAAAAGAAAUAAUGAUAAAUUGAUCAAAUUUAAAAAUGAUAUUUCUGGAAAACAAUUAUUGAAAACAAUAUCUACUGCUUCUCUUAUGAAAAAUCAACCGAACGAAUUUUGCAAUCAACUAAUUACAAUACGAGAAAAACAAGCAGAAAUUUGGAAAGAACAAUUAAUGUUAGAAAUACGAAUUCAUUGCAAAUUUUUACCGCCAAAUUUUGAUCAUCUGGAAAAUUUUAUUUCAUCUAUUGACUAUUUACCAUUGAAUAAUAAUACAAAAAUUAUUGAAAUAAAAAAUAAACGUUUUAAAAUUAUACAAGAAACAAAACGUCAAUGGCUAAAUUAUUUCUUAAAUAUUUAUGAAAUAAAAAUACAAGAAUAUGAACAACAAUAUCAAAAUGAAUUCAUUAGAUUAGAAUCACUCCUCUCAAAUAAUAAUGAUACAACUAUGUUAAAUAAUAUCAAGGAAUAUAUCAAUAAUCGAAUACAAAGAUUAAAAAGAGACAUUUAUGAUAAAAUGGCAUCUUUUCGACGAAUCAUUCUUCAGAAUCGUCAACGUUCAUCCUCAACAAAAAAUGUUAUUGGUGUUUCACCUGAACCCUAUCUCGAUCUUAUGUCUAAUCCAUUUAAUAAACGUCAAUGGAAUUAUCUUUCACUUGGUCCAUCUUAUAUAAGAGAGAAUCAAAGUGCCAUUCGCCCAAAAUGUCAACAAGAAACUGAAAUAAAAAAUCAACAUAAAGAUAUUUAUUCGAAAGUUGAAAAUCAUCUCACCGACUAUCCUCAUCGUAUACCACGAAACAAUGCAAUUUUUAAACAAUAUUCAGAUCAUCUUCUCGCUUAUCUUAAUCAAAUUUACUUUAGUCCGUUAUCGUACAAAGAUCAAUUAAUGAGUCGUGAACAAGCACAAAUUCUUGGAUCAAUUCGACGAAUAAUUAUAAAUAUGAAUCUUAUUAUUCGUGUCACUGAUAAAGGAAAUAAUUUUUAUAUUGGUUCGGCAAAUGAAUUUGAAACAAAAGCUCAAACAUUUUUCUUCGAUACAAAUGCUUUUGCAGAAUUAUCUUCCAAUCCAUUCAAUGAAAUAUUUGAUAAAGUCGUACAAUUACUCGGUGCACUUCAUCAAAAAGGUCUUAUUCCUCAUUUAUAUUUUAAUCCUAAAACACACAAAGAUGGUAUACCAGUUCGACCAAUUGAAAGUACUAUUCGUGCUGCAACCACAAAAAUUUCAAAAUUUUUAGACAAAAUUUUACGACCAAUAUUUGAUGAUAAAUGUAAAGAUACAACUAUUAUUGAUGGUGCUUCUUUAAUUACUGAACUUUCAAAAUAUAACAAAAAAGGUCUCUUAAAGCCAACAACUCUUUUUUGUACAUUUGAUAUUCGCAAUUUAUAUACAAUGUUACCACAAGAAGAAACAUUAGAUAUUCUUAUGAAAUUUCUUCAUGCUCAUGGUUAUAGAAAAGUGAAGGGAAUUAGCAUUGAUACAAUAAAAAAAUUAGCUUCCAUUAUUCUUAAAGACAAUGUAUUUGCUUAUGGUAAAAAAAUUUAUAAACAAACAACUGGUGGUGCUAUGGGUUCAUCAUUAACAUUAACUUUGGCUAAUAUUUUCAUGUCAGCAUGGCAAAAAAAAAUUGUUGAAGAACAAACCAAGACGGGCGAAUUUUAUGGACGAUAUAUUGAUGAUAUUUUUAUGACAUGGAAUAGAUCUAAAGAAGAAUUAAGAAAAUUAUUAGAUGAUGCGAAUACAUGGCAUCCAAAUAUUAAAUUAGACUAUAAAAUUGGUUAUAGUCUUCCAUUUCUCGAUGUACAACUUAAAAAUAAUAAUGGUAUACUAUUAACAUCUGUCUAUCAUAAACCUGCAGCUGAACCAUGUAUUACACCAUUUACAUCUGAUCAUCCUCGACACGUUUUUGCAAAUACUAUUAAAAAUUUUCUUGAACGUGCAACAAGAUAUUCAUCAACAUUUGAAGCAU